CACAUGUUGGAGAAGAAAGGGACAAGGAAAGAGAGAGGGACAGAGAGAAAGAGGGAAAAACAGAGGAAAAUAGACUUCUCUGAGACAUCUGCGGGAUUACUCUAAUAGUGUGUUUGGGUGUGUGUGUGUGUCUGUAUGUGACUUUUCCUGGGCAUGGAUACCCCACUGACCACCCCACUCCUCCUCACCCUCCUCCUCCGCUCCCUCUCCCUCAUUCAUGGGGCCAUGGACUCCAGCUACGAUGACAACGAGGGUGUCCCAAGCCGCUGCAUGCCCAAGUUUGAGAACGCAGCCUUCAACCGCACGGUCAUGGCCUCUAACGUGUGCGGUUCGCCCCCGGAGGACUACUGCAUGCAGACGGGCUCGACGCGGUCCUGCCACCACUGUAGAGUGUCGGACCCGGGCCUCAGCCACAACGCCAGCCUGCUGACGGACUUCCACACGGAUGAGGAACCCACCUGGUGGCAGAGCCAGUCCAUGUUCUACGGAGUCCAGCACCCUAACUCUGUAAACCUCACCCUGCACCUCAGCAAAGCCUUUGAGAUCACCUACGUGAGCCUCAAGUUCUACACCAGUCGACCGGAGAGCUUUGCCAUCUACAAGCGAACAAGUGAGGAUGGACCAUGGAUCCCCUACCAGUACUACAGCGCCUCCUGUACCAAGACCUAUGGGAAGAACGACAAGGGAUACAUUCGCCCGGGGGACGAUGAGAGGAUGGAAGUCUGCAACGACGAGUUCAGUGACAUCUCCCCUCUGACCGGGGGCAAUGUGGCCUUCUCUACCCUGGAGGGACGACUCAGCGCAUACAACUUUGACCAGAGCGCCGUGCUACAGAAGUGGGUGACAGCCACUGACCUGCUCAUCUCUCUGGACAGGCUCAACACAUUCGGAGAUGAGUUCUUCAAGGACGCCAAGGUGCUGCGAUCCUACUUCUACGCCAUCUCAGAUUUCUCUGUAGGCGCCAGGUGUAAGUGUAAUGGCCAUGGCAGUGUGUUGGACGAGCAGGGGGCUCUGGUGUGUGACUGCCAGCAUCACACUGUCGGGGUAGACUGCCAGAGGUGUCACCCAUUCUACCAGGACAGGCCUUGGGCCAGGGCCACCGGAGACUCUGCCAACCAGUGUAUGAAGUGUAACUGCAGUGGGCAGGCGGAUGUGUGUGUGUUUGAUGCGGAGCAGUACCGCAGCACAGCAAGUGGGGGGCGCUGUGUAGACUGUAGGGACCAGACUGAUGGACCGCAUUGUGAACGCUGUAGAGAGAACCACUACCGACGGUCACCACAGGACCCCUGCAGCCCCUGUGACUGUAACACCAUGGGUUCUGUGAGUCUGCAGUGUGGUGUGGAGGGGAAGUGUGAGUGCAGACCCAGUGUGUCAGGGGUGAAGUGUGACACCUGUGAAUCCGGUUUCCACUCCCUCAGCCCUGGCGGCUGCAGGUUGUGUGACUGUGACCGCAGGGGCAGUGUGGGCGUCUGCUCUGUGCUGGAUGGUGGCUGUCACUGCAGGGUUAACGUGGAGGGACAGGCGUGUGACAGGUGUAAGCCAGGCUCCUUCAACCUGCAAGAGAACAAUCCAGCUGGAUGUACGCCCUGUUUCUGCUUCAAACACUCAUUGGCCUGCAGAUCGUCCAAUCACCAUGCAGCUGUCAACAUCACAUCAGACUUUCUUGAAGACACAGAUGGCUGGUCAGGACAGUUUUCCGGGGGACAGGUGUAUCCUCUGCUGUGGAAGGAAGGGGAUGUCUACUUGCUACCACUCAGUGAGGAUGAUCUCGGCUUCUACAGAGCUCCAGAGAGGUUCCUGGGGAACCAUCUCCUGAGCUACGGCCAGCUCCUUUCCCUGACUUUCACGGCCGAGGCCCAGUACCUCCUCCCUCACAGUGCCACAGUGCUCCUGGAAGGAUCGGGAACCACCCUGUCAGCUGACCUUUCACCCCAACAUGGACCUGUCCACCAGCCAGGCCUCGCUCCCCAGCACACCUUCACUCUCAGACUUCACAAGGAGGAGACGAGGCUGAGGCCUUCGUUGUCUGCCUUCCAGUUCCACCAUCUUCUCUUCAACCUCACUGCUAUACAGAUCAGCAACGCAGGAGGACACAACUACACGUCCCAACUCUCAGGGGUAACCCUGGCUUCCGCUGCCCCCUUCUCCAGUCCUGUUAUCCCCUCUACCCCUCCUGCACUCUGGGUAGAGGUGUGUACAUGCCCUCCUGGAUUUGGGGGUCAGUUCUAUGAGCUCUGUGCCCCAGGAUUCAGCAGAGAGGUCCCUAACGGAGGACCCCUGUCUCCCUGUGUGCCUUGCACCUGCCACCAGCAUGGACCAUGCCACCCUGAGACAGGUGUGUGUGUGUGUAUCGACUUCACCACAGGACCAACCUGCGAGCGUUGUCUGGGCGGUUACUAUGGUAACGCGUUGAUUGGCAUGCCCAAUGACUGCAGACCUUGCCCCUGCCCGGACCGUACCAGCUGUGCUCAAAUGAGCACGGGGGAGGUGGUCUGUACCAACUGCCCUUCAGGACAGAGGGGCAUCAGAUGCGAGAUGUGCGAGGACAGUUUCCACGGCGACCCCCUGGGCCAGUCAGGGCCGGUUCAACCGUGUGAGAAGUGCGACUGUAACGAUAAUGUGGACCCCAACGCGCUGGGCGUGUGUGAUCACAUGACGGGCUGUUGCCUGAAGUGCCUGGGACACACCGAGGGAGACCAUUGCCAACACUGCCGACAAGGUUACUAUGGGGACGCCCUGGACCGCACUGUGGCCCAGAAGUGCAAACGCUGCGGCUGCAGUCCUGCAGGGACUUCUGGGUCAUUGGAGGACUGUGACCCCCAGACAGGAAGUUGUCUGUGCCUUAGUCAUGUGACCGGGCGAGACUGUGGUCAGUGUGAGGUGGGCUUCUUCAACCUGCAGUCUGGAGUAGGCUGUGAGAGGUGCACCUGUAACCCCAUUGGCUCAUCAUCCAUGGCUUGCCACCAAAUCACAGGCCAGUGUGUGUGUCGGCUGGGACUGGAGGGGCGGCUGUGCAGCACAUGUCGUAUGGGCUUCUAUGGUUUCUCCUCACGGGGCUGCAGAGAAAUCCUCCAUUGUCUGCUGUUCUGGUGUUUUCCUAUACAGGCAGGGAGGCUGAAGGCUCGGCUGCAGGAUUUGGAGAAUCUCCUAGCACGCUUCGACUGCCGGAGGGGCUACGGGAACCACCAUCAUGUGCGGGAGUAUCACAUGCGACAGCUUCACGAGCGACAGCAUCACGAGCGUGGGCAUCAGGGGGAGGACAGCUUGCCCAAUGCGCUGGAGGACUUCCUGGCUAUCCAAGAGGCAAAGGAAGCCUUGGUUAAACAGUUUGCUCUCAUGGAGACGUCUACACACACUCUCUCAGCCCAGCUGCACAAUGUUACCCCAGCUAUGAACUGUAGUGCCAGCAUGGAAGAAGAGCAGGAGGAGGAGAAAAAGGAGAAGGGGAAGGAGGACGGGCGGAGAACAUUGUGUAGUACCCUUGGUGACACUCUAUCAGUGGUCAGAAGUGCACAGACACAGCUAAAGCAGGCAACACUGGACCUGGACAACAUGGUCAUUCCUUUCGAGGUGCCACCGGUGCCCAACCGAUGGAACUCAGCGGUGAACCAAUCAGAGGUCCUUAUGAAAAGCCACACAGAGAUGUCUGGUCAUAUAGAGUCUAUAGCUACCAAGGCAUUCAUGGCCUCCAACCAGACCUACUCUCUACUGAUGGACCUACUGGAGGACAACUCUACAAAGGAAUACAUCAGCAACCUCACAGAGCAACUGGCAGACAUGCAGCAGAUAAAGGAGAAUCUGACUGCCCAAGUGAAUAGGACUCUAGCCAAUCAAUUGUCUCUGGAGGAGGAGUCUGCUGAUGUCUUGGUUGCCCUAGGAAACCUCACCUUCUCCCUAUUGGAGCUGUCCCAGAGGAGGCCCAAAUCCACAUCAGGAACCAACCAAUCAGAUCUCAGACCAACACAGGGUUACAUCCAAUCAGACCCCAGCCUCGCACCGGCUGCCAAUCAAUCAGAGGAUGUUGAGCUAAGCAACAGGACAGCUGAGCUGGCGUUUAAUGUCCAGUCUAAAGAUGAGCUGGUCAAUAAGAUCAGAGAGGAGAUGGAGCCUCGCAUACAGACCGCUCACAACAACAUGGCUGCUGUAAAGGAUAUUCUGACAGCUCAUGCCCAGGGGUCAAAGGUCCUGGCCCUGUCAUCGGUGGUGACAGGGAAAGAAAUGGAGUCAGGGGUCAUCGCCCUGCGGAGAGAACUGGAAGCAUUCAACACCAUUGUACCCUCCAAGCUCGUCGCCAAGCUUAGGAUGCUGGGACUGAACACCUCCCUCUGCAACUGGAUCCUGGACUUCUUGACCGGACGACCCCAGGUGGACUCUAACACCAUCAUCAAGUUUGCUGACGACACGACGAUGGUAGGCCUGAUCACCGGCGGCGAUGAGACAGCCUGCAGGGAGGAGGUCAGUGGCCAGGCAGUGUGGUGCCGGAACAACAACCUCUCUCUCAACUUCAAUAAGACCAAGGAGCUGAUCGUGUACUUCAAGAAAAAGGGGGGCGAGCAUGCCCCCAUCCACAUCAAUGGGGCUGCAGUGGAGCGGGUCGAGAGCUUCAAGUUCCUCUGUAUCCUCAAAAAGUACAGCUGUACCAUUGAGAGCAUAUUGAUUGGCUGCAUCACUGCUUGGUAUGGCAAUAGCACCGCCCUCGAUCACAUGGGGCUACAGAGGUUGGUGCGGACAGCCCAGUGCAUCACUGGGGCCAAGCUCCUUGCCAUCCAGGGCAGUGUGAAAGGAAGGCCUGGAAAAUUGUUGAAGACUUCAGCCACCCAAGCCAUAGACUGUUCUUUCUGCAUCCGCAUGAUAAGCGUGGCCAACCUGCCUUGCCCCUGUCCAUCCCCCAUCCUAGACAUGCAGAGAGAGUGGCCUCGAAGGCUGGUCCAGACCAAGGCUGCUCUGAAGAAGGAGACGCUGCUGAGGGAGAAGGUUUUAGAAGACAUCAAUAAGAUGGAGGCCAAGGCCACCCUGACCAAGGCCAAGCAUGCAAGGACAGCGUCUGCCCAGCUCAGCUCCUCUGUGGACAGCCAUGCAGCAGCUGAACCAGUUAUAGCCUUCAGUUCUAGUUUUGAUUCACCUGCCUGUUUGCCUACCUGUGUAUUGCCUGCCUGUGACCACGAUUCCUGCCUUCUACAAAAUAAACCCCUGCUGCGCUCCGUGCACCUUUUUCUUCCUGAGCAAUCAUUACAAUAUGUCCCUGUAUAUAUGUCCCUCUGUGAUCUCCAGCCUGUAGAGUCUCUGACCAGUGUGAAGGGGGACAUCCAGGCAGCUAAGUUUCAACUGGAGGCCUAUUCACUCACACUCACCCAGCUCAUCCGUAACAUGGAUGGGAGCAUGGUGCUGGAGCAGUUUGACCGUAUCCCGAGUGAGACGGUGGUGCGGUUGGGUGUUCUGCGUGGCUGCGCGGAGAGCCUUGCCCUGAACGUGAAGAUCCAGACCCUAUGGUCAGCUGCCCAGGACCAGAAGAGCCAACUGACCCACCUGGAACAGGACCUGCAGGAGAUAAGACAGGAGCGAGACAGUUAGGGCAUCGCCCUGCACCUGCCCAAGACUUGCCCCCAGGCCUCGGGGAUAGAAGGACACUAGGACUGUGCUCCAGGAGGACAUUCAUUUUACUCCCUCCCUAAAGUGCGCACACUCGUUCACUCAACCUCAAUGAUUUAAUAGAGGGUCUACCAUGUUUCUUACAGCAAGAAAAUUGGAAUUAGACAUAAGAAUGCUGGGAGGACUCGAAGUUCAGAUGGUGGGUAGGUCUCAGAUAUUUGAAUGCUUUAGGGGAGAUGUAGUCUGUCCCAAAUGGCACCCUAUAGUGCAUUACUUUUGACUAGUGCCUGUAGAGCUUUGGUCAAAAGUAGUGCACUAUGUAGGGAAUGUGGUUCCAUUUGGGACACAUACAUAGAAGUGUAGGUGGCAUCCUCCUCAGUUUAUUGGUGUUAGUGGACAAUACUGUGGUUGUGCAUCCCCAUCUACUGCAGUGCAGUGUCACAGUUCUACCACUUUGUCUCCAUACUUUUCAAACUCUCCACUAUACUUUUCUGACCUGGUUGAUAUCACUUCAAUACUACUGUCCAGUCAUAGGUAGUUUUCCUUGCCCUUUUUGAACUUCUACCAUCAUCAUGCUCUUUCCGUUAGUCCUACCCCCUCACUCCUUUUUGGCUUAUCUUUCCGUAGCUCAUCCCGCUCCCGACUCCACAUUACCCUGCCCUGUCACCAUAGCAGUGCUCAUUCUCACUUCAUUUCCCCCUGUAAUAUUUCCAACCUCUGCAGUGUAAUUAAUCAGUGAAUAAUACGUCUGCUAUAGCUGCCUGUUCAACAGCCCAGUGUGUCCUGUCAAGUUUAAAAUAAUGCUGAUUGUCCACUUUGGGGGUAGGUGUGUCUGAACUGCAGUGCUUCUCCAAUGUGACACCUUCAGUUACACUUGAGCAAUUUUCAUCAGCCUUCCAUAAUUAACAAUUAGUCAUUUUUCCCUCCAUAGGGUUCAACUGCACGCACACAGUCAUUCAUUUUGGGAUUCUACAUGUGCCUCUCGCUUUCCCUCCGUCUCCUUUCUCUCUGAGGAAAUGAUCUGUCAAAUGGAAAAGGACAAAAACAAUCAACCUGUUGGCUUUCUCCAUGUGGGUAACAAUGGCUGGAAUACCUACUGAAUUAUAGAAGGUAUAGAAAUCUGUCGCUAGAAAUGGGACCUUUCUAUUUCAGAUAGAAUUUUGUCAGACCAGAAAUAGGAUAUGAUUGGUUUUAGAUGAUAGCCCGGUAAACAAGGCCUGAAAAUGUCAUGUGUUCCCCCUCUGCAUGUGUGCUCGCACCCAAAAUCGUGUUAUUUUGUUGAUGGUGCUGUUGAUUAUUAUUGGAGAAACUAGCACAGCUAUUGAUGGCAGCCAUCAAUAAGACUAUAAAGCGCACUAAAUAUAUACUGGAUCAAAUACUGAUGAUGAAAAGCAAUGGUAAAGUGUCUAAUAUCAAUAAAUUGUAUUAUGUUCAUAA